AUGUCACCGACUUGUCACAACCAAAAUCCUAAGGACUCAGUUUCCCACGUCCCUGUAGGGUGGCUGGGGAGGAACGAGGGUCCCCUGGAAGGUGGGGUCAGAGUGAUCAGCGUUGCCGCGCCCUGCGCGCCCGGUAAUGCACGCCCGCAGGGAGCGCCCGGGAGCCCCCACACUGCUCCUCCUGCACCCUCCGGUCUGGGCAACCCCGACUGGAGGAAGACUUCUUUUCAGGAUGCCUUGUCAGCUGCAGGUGAUAAACUUGUUGUAGUUGACUUCUCGGCCAUGUGGUGUGGACCUUGCAAAAUGAUCAAGCCUUUUUUUCAUUCCCUCUCUGAAAAGUAUUCCAAUGUGGUAUUCCUUGAAGUAGAUGUGGAUGACUGUCAGGAUGUUGCUUCAGAGUGUGAAGUCAAAUGUAUGCCAACCUUCCAGUUUUUUAAAAAGGGACAAAAGGUAGGUGAAUUUUCUGGAGCUAAUAAGGAAAAGCUUGAAGCCACCAUUAAUGAACUACUCUAAUUAUGUUUUCUGAAACCAUAACCAGCCGUUGGCUAUUUAAAACUUGGAGUUUUUUUAUUUACAAAAUGUAUGAAGUAUGAAGACUAUAUAACCAACUGCCAUCUGAUUAUAAAAUGACAAUAAAAUAUUAAUUCUGCCCUUUUUA